ACCCGUGUGUGACGUUUCCGUGCCAAAGCAGGCGGGCCAGUGCGAGACACAAAAGACACAACAAAAGCUCGCGUGGGGGAGAAAAUGCCAGCCGUCCGCGGCCAAGCGCUUCGCCACCGACACGUGGAGCAGGGCCGGACUCGAACCUGCUGAUGUGACUGUUGAGAAGAAAAGCUCGUCGUCUUUUGAUCGCGAGACGUUCAGGUGUGAUAUCCCUGCGUGUCGUGGGUGUGGAUCUGCCACACGAGACCCUCCACUACAACAUUCCCUGUGUGUCGUGGGUGUGGAUCUGCCACACGAGACCCUCCACUACAACGACGGCUUUUGCGUGCAUCUUCCAGUGUUUGCUGUGUCAGCAAGUCCCACCCAGCCAGGAGCUCUGCCCCUCGGACAUGGUGAAGAUGACCAAGUCCAAGACCUUCCAGGCCUACCUGCCCAGCUGCCACCGCACCUACAGCUGCAUCCACUGUCGCGCUCACCUGGCCAACCAUGACGAGCUCAUCUCCAAGUCUUUUCAAGGCAGCCAAGGCAGAGCUUACCUCUUUAAUUCUGUGGUGAACGUGGGCUGUGGACCAGCGGAGGAGCGGGUUCUCCUCACGGGUUUACACGCCGUGGCCGACAUCUACUGUGAAAACUGCAAAACCACGCUGGGCUGGAAAUACGAACACGCCUUCGAGAGCAGCCAGAAGUACAAGGAGGGCAAGUUCAUCAUCGAGCUGGCUCACAUGAUCAAAGACAACGGAUGGGAGUGACCACGCCCCCUCAAGCCCCGCCCCUUCACAUCACGACCCCACAAACGGCACGAGUCGUCACGUCCUCCUCGGUGAUGGAGUGUCUGGGUAUGACUCCACCCCCUGGUCACCUGACUUCUCCCACUGGAGCGUGCCUAGAAGUGAGAGUGGCACCAUGGCAACAAGGGGAAGGACCACGGCCUUCUGUGCCUGCCCCGCUAAACGGUUAGCAUGGACUUCCUGUCGUUUGUUUUUACAUCUCCUAAUGUGUCAAUAUUUUCUUUUUAUUUGGACUUUUCUCUGACACAUCAACAUCCACAUCUUGAAUAUAUAUAUAUGCAUGUGUAUACACACACGUAUAUAUACGCUUUAAUAUAAACGUGUGUAUAUAUAUGAAUAUUCAUGUAUGCAUAUAUAUACACACGCACACACACACAUAUAUAUAUAUAUAUAUAUAUAUAUAUAUAUAUAUAUAUAUAUAUAUAUAUAUAUAUAUAUAUAUAUAUAUAUAUAUAAUAUGCACAUGUACGUAUAUAUACAUACGUAUAUGUAUGUAUGUAUAUUUAGGGGAUUUCCCCUGAAGAGCAGGGAAACCUGUGAAACAGGCUUGUAGGAAGAUAUAUAUAUAUAUAUACAUGUUUGUAUACAUAUACAUGUGUAUAUGCACAAAUAUAUUUACAUACAAAAUAUAUAUACACAGAUAUAUGUAUAAAUGUAUAUAUACAUGUGUAUAUAUACUUAUGUGUAUAUAUACAUAUACAUGUAUAUAUGUGUACAUAUAGAUAUACAUAUAUACACACAUACAUGCAUGUAUGUAUGUAUAUAUACAUACAUAUAUCUGUGUAUAUAUAUUCACACAUAUAUAUAUAUAUAUAUAUAUAUAUAUAUGUGUGUAUAUAUAUAUAUACAUACACGUGUAUAUAUAUACACAUACAUGCAUAUAAAUGUAUAUAUAUAUACAUACAUACAUACAUACAUGUGUGGAAAUGCACACGUGUAUAUACAUACCUAUAUGUAUAUAUAUAUACCUAUAUGUGUAUAUAUACAUAUAUAUAUACACAUAGAUAUAUAUACAUACACACAUAUAUAUAUACUUACAUACAGUGUGUGUAUAUAUAUGUGUGUGUGUGUAUAUAUAUAUAUAUAUAUAUACACAUACAUACAUACAUACAGUAUAUAGCAGUGUUGAUGCGAGUGCGGCUGGUCCCAUUUUGCAGCAUCAUGAGAGAUAAAAAGUAGGAUAGCAGAUCCAUAAAGUUAUGAUAGAGUUAUUAAUACGCACAUAAAUACCUGGAGUACACAUACAGUAUGUGUGAAAUGAGUACAAAGACAUGAAUCUGUGCCGACAAAAGACACACUUGACUCCCAUUCAACACAUUACAACGGGACUGUCUGUGUAUGUCCUACCACCAGUGGAUGAUGUCAUAACUCAUAAGGUUUGGAGGUCGAAGUUGAUGCCCGCCUGUUGCACUUUAUUAUUAGCUGCUCACCUUUGUCCUCCCAAGCUGCACCAUUCACGUGCCUCUUCAACAACCACCUUGUUGUGCAGCGCAUGACUCCGCCUCCCCCCUGAAACAUAACUGUUGUGCAGCGCAUAACUCCCUCCUCCCCCAUGAAACCCUGACUCCUCCCUCUGUGUCUUGAGACCAUGACAUCCUUUGGCGUGAAAAAGUGAUCCUACUUGAAGUCCAAACUUCUUUUUCUCCGUCAACUUUGUCCUUUCCAGCUUUUCUACCUAGCUUCUGCACUUUUGUUCUCUGCGUGUUCACGUACAGGAAGUGAAUGUUUGGCUUAUGCCCCUCCCCCUGCUCUCUUCUUUGUUAGCGCAGCACCCUAGCUUGUUGGUUGAGCUGGAAUCUCCCACUGCGUUGCAGGGGGCGGGGCUUGGUAGGACCACGGUCUGUGUCUCCCCCCCCGCCAGCCACAGUGGAGGUCCUUGCGCUGUGGUUAGCACCGCUUGCCGCUCACUUGAUUGUAUUUCUGUCUGCUGGUUCUGACUGAAAGUUCACCUUUUAAACCUGUUAAUUUAUUUUACAAUCAGGCUCCUCCCCCUUUCUUAAGGGGACCUACUUUUUGUUCCCUCGUCACCACGGACAUAAGAAGCGUUUGUUUUCGUCACCAUGGCGUCUCGUCACAGAAGUCACAUGACAGCACUUUGUCGUCAUGGCAACAAAGAAUUUUCUGUGAAAAGUUGAGUACAUUUUGGUGGACUUCAUGUGUCAUGUGACCUUGUUUUCUUCUUCAGCUUUUUCAUACAAUCACAUCGCAAAUAAAAGUCAAAGACCAUCA